GUUAGGCAUGGUCAGGGUAUUGUGCGAUUGAGUUUCCCAAGGUCAACAAAGACAUUCGCUAUACACACAGACCUUCUUUGCGCCCACUCAAAAUUCUUUCGACGAAAGUUCCAGCCAAGAAGACAAGAUAUUGAGGGCAACUGCCCCAUUUGCCAUGGAGGCCUAGAUCUCAAUAUUCAAGAUAUUACAUUCUGCAAUAGUUGUGGGGGAAAUUUUCAUCUCGGGUGCAUCAAUCAAUGGAGACGUCAGCCAACCGAAGGAGGACCUGCACCAUGUCCAUUGUGCCGACAAAAAUGGAGUGAGCACAAACUCCAUCAACGGGCGUCAUUGCGCGAAUUGAGUGCGGCUUCUUUUGAGAUAUAUUACGAUUGGCUUUACACUCGUCUUAUCACACGAUAUGGCGAUGGUGAAGAUCUUGGUUUUUCCAAAAGGGAAUUGGCUGUCUUGGACAUCUUCCAAGCUUAUGAUAUUGGAAUCCAAGUUGAGGAUGAGCGCUUUUGCACGGAAGUGGUGGAUACAAUUGUCAAACUGGCGAUCGGUGGGUCGGCCGUCAGAGGAAGAUAUCUCGCAACCUUACAUGAUGAAUGCGCAACAUCUCGCCUCGAAUAA